UCCUUUUUUUGCAGGUCACUAUGAUCCUAAUCACAAGGCCUCGCUAUGUUUUACUAUUCCUUGCAUUACUGAGUUUGACAUCCAUUUCACCAUCAUCAUCAUCAAAAGUGGAAGAUAUCAGCAACGGAACAAGAUGGGCAGUUCUGAUUGCUGGGUCAAGAGGAUAUGAUAACUAUAGGCAUCAGGCUGAUGUAUGCCAUGCAUACCAGAUACUGAAGAAAGGUGGACUCAAAGAUGAGAAUAUCAUUGUGUUCAUGUAUGACGAUAUUGCAUUCAACCCAAAAAAUCCUAGACCUGGUGUCAUUAUCAACAAGCCAGGUGGAAAUGAUGUUUAUCAAGGAGUUCCCAAGGACUAUACAGGAAAGGAUAUUAAUACUCACAACUUCUAUGCUGUUCUUCUUGGCAACAUAAGUGGCCUCACUGGUGGUAGAGGCAAGGUUCUAAAUAGCGGUCCAAACGACCACGUUUUCAUUUAUUACGCUGACCAUGGCAGCCCUGGGAUGGUUGGCAUGCCAAUUGCAGGUGAUUACGUAUAUGCUAAAGAUCUCAUAGAUGUGCUGAAGAAGAAGCACGAUGCCAAAGGUUACAAAAGCAUGGUGUUUUAUAUGGAAGCUUGCGAGUCUGGGAGCCUGUUUGAGGGCAUCCUUCCCAACAAUAUAAGCAUAUACGCAACUACAGCAGCAAAUUCAAAAGAGAGCAGUUGGGGAUUCUAUUGUCCUGGAGACUUCCCUAGUCCUCCUCCAGGAUAUGACGUUUGCUUGGGAGACUUGUAUAGUAUUUCUUGGCUUGAGGAUUGUGACAAGCAUGACUUGAGGAAAGAAACUUUGGCGAAGCAAUAUGAAGUGGUCCGAAGGAGAACAGCAAAUGGCUACUUAGAUUCAAGCCAUGUCAUGCAAUUUGGGAAUAAGAGACAAAGCGAGGAUUUCAUCUUCACUUACAUGGGUACAAAUCCUGAAAAUGAUAACUAUACUUACUUCAAGUACACGGCAUCACCAGCGACCUCAAGGCCAAGGGUUGUCAGCCAACGCAACGCAGACCUCCUCCAUCUUCGGUACAAGUUCGACAAUGCUCCCGAUGGCUCCGAUGUGAAGCUUGAAGCUCACAAACAGCUCAUUGAUGAAAUUUCUCGGAGGAAAAAGGUGGAUCAUAACAUAAAGCAGAUAGGGAAGCUUUUGUUUGGGUAUGACAAGAGUUCAGAAGUGAUGAAGAAUGUUAGGACUCCGGGGGAACCUCUAGUAGAUGAUUGGGACUGCUUUAAGAUGCUUGUAAGACCUAAGCACCAUAGUUAUAUAUUACUCGCAAAAGAAAUGCAGCCUUAG